AUGACACCACUUGGACGGCUCUACCUCUUGAGGGCGCUUGGCGCCCCCCCUGUCUUCCUUCUGGGGCUGCUGUUGGCCCUGCCUCUAGGGCCCCAGGGACUCUCUGGUGUUCGCUUCUCAGCUGCCAGGAUAGCUCAUCAGCCCCCUCAGAAGCAUUCGACCCGUGGCUUCCUGAAACCUGCUGCUCACCUUGUUGGAUACCCCAGCAAACAGAACUCCCUGCUCUGGAGAGCAAACACAGACCGUGCCUUCCUCCGACAUGGCUUCUCUUUGAACAACAACUCCCUCCUGGUCCCCACCAGUGGCCUCUACUUCGUCUACUCCCAGGUGUUCUUCUCUGGGGAAAGCUGCUCCCCCAAGGCCACUCCUGCCCCCAUCUACCUGGCCCACGAGGUCCAGCUGUUUUCCUCCCAGUAUCCCUUCCAUGUGCCUCUCCUCAGUGCACAGAAGUCCGUGUAUCCGGGGCUGCAAGGACCGUGGGUACGCUCAAUGUACCAGGGGGCUGUGUUCCUGCUCAGUAAGGGAGACCAGCUGUCCACCCGCACAGAUGGCGUCUCCCAUCUACACUUCAGCCCCAGCAGCGUAUUCUUUGGAGCGUUUGCUCUGUAGAAUGUAGAAAAACCCAGGAAUUGGAUUCCAAGCCUCCAUUCUGACCAUUUUAAGGGUCACACCGCCUCUCCUCUGCCCAUUCCCCACCAAAACCACCCAGAGCUCUCACAGAAGGAGUCUGAGGCACUCCAGGGGAACCACAUCUCCCCCGGGGCCACCCCCAGAUGUUCAGCUGAGGAUUCAAGCCUGCCUAGAAGUUCCUGCAUAGAGCAGGGUCUCUGUGGGUCUGGGUGGGGCCGAGACCUGGAUGAGGAGGGACAGAUGUGGGGAGGUGCCUGAGGACAGCGAAAGGGAGGCUAUUUAUGAAGGGCAAGGUUAAGUUAUUUAUUUAUGGAGACAAGAAAGAGGAGGGAAGUAGACACCAGGUGACAGCGAGGUCCCAGGCACAGGGUGAGGUG